AAAUUUUGGGAGUUUUGAUUCAGGGAUGAUACUUGGCAACAGUGUAGAACAUGCUGGAUCUUAGGAGUGGCCAGUUCAACGGGCCAACUAUUGUGGGCAUUUUUGGAGACCACUCAAAAUAUUCGAAUGAGGAGACGCUUGAUGGAAGGAAUUCCAAGUUAAAAAUACAGAAACGGCAGAAGUUUCUCUAUGUGCGUCGCCCAAAAAGUCUCGAUACGCCCGAAAAGCGAGACGCAACCAUUAACGUUGAAGCCGAUCGCACCAUUCAUCAUUCACCAUCGAAUACAUCAGUAAUGGAGAAUCACCAGCAAGCCCCACCUCCCUCCGCUUACCCACCUCAGCCCCCUGCUCCUCCUUCUUCCUUCCACCACCUUCUUCAACAACAGCAACAGCAGCUUCACACCUUCUGGACCAUCCAGCGCCAAGAGAUCGAGCAUGUCAACGAUUUCAAGAACCACCAGCUCCCUCUCGCUCGCAUCAAGAAGAUCAUGAAGGCCGACGAGGACGUCCGCAUGAUCUCUGCCGAAGCCCCCAUUUUGUUCGCCAAGGCCUGCGAGCUCUUCAUCCUCGAGCUCACCAUUCGAUCCUGGCUCCACGCCGAAGAGAACAAGAGGCGCACUCUCCAGAAGAACGACAUCGCCGCCGCUAUCACCCGCACUGAUAUUUUCGAUUUCUUGGUCGAUAUUGUGCCUAGGGACGAGAUCAAGGACGAGGCUGCCCUUGGUGGAAUGAUGGGGGCACCCGCGAGCGGUGUUCCUUACUACUAUCCGUCUAUGGGCCAACCUGCCGGCCCUCCCGGGGGCAUGAUGAUUGGACGGCCUGCGGUGGAUCCCACCGGAGUCUACGCGCAACCGCCUUCCCAAGCGUGGCAGUCAGUGUGGCAGACGGCGGCGGAUGAUGGAUCCUACGGCAGCGGCGGGAGCAGUGGACAGGGCAAUCCUGAUGGUCAGAGUUAACUGACUGAACUGAAGAUGACUGUUUGAGGUGACAAUGCAAAGAUGUUGGUCUCAUGCAAUGGUGCUUGGAAAUUUUCUAUCCCUUAUGAUUUAGGAAAUGAUAUUUAACAAAUCUGUUGAACUUGAUUCAACAACUGAACAAGAGAGGAUAUUUGAGUUUAUGUACAAAUAUCUCACAACCAACGACCACGAUUUGCUAUGGGGGGGCUGCGUUUUAUUGCACUGGGAAUAGUAUUACACUGUUCUGCUUAAAUUAAAUCGGUGCCUUUCGAGCAUCGGAGUAUA